AAAAAGUCUGUAUAGAAAUAAACACGAUACAGACUCCCAGAUUCCUCAAUUUUUUGGGUUUGGGAGCCUCUAUUAAUUAAAUUCAGCCAGUCUAAUGAACAGAAUUAGAUCUCCCAGGGAAAAGAAAUAACUAUGGCUUUGUAACUUGCCUGAUGUUUGUCUUGUCCAAGCUUCUUGUAGGAGUUCGGAUAGUGCAAAUGCGUACAGAUCGUGUAGCUCAGGAGGUGGUAUUUCAGACCUUCAAUUCCACAGUUAAUUCUUUUCAUUAAAAAUAACCUAAUAGGAAAAAACAAAACAAAAGCAGAAAUUAAAAAAAAAAAAAAAAAAAAAAAAAAAAAGGUGUUUAGGUCAAAGCAGUACAAACAUGUUAGAAGUGAUCCUAGACCAGCACAAUCUAUAGUCUUUAGAUAAGUCAAAUAGAAAGAUGGCCAAUAUAUCCUUCAACACAGUUUUUCAGACACAGAAUCAUAGAAUGGCUUGGGUUGGAAAGGACCUUAAGAUCAUCUAGUUCCAACCCCCCUGCCAUGGGCAGGGACACCUUGCACUAAACCAUGUCACCCAAGACUCCAUCCAACCUGGCUACAUCUCUCUGUAUCUAUUCUGCAACUUCAUUUUAAACACAAAGUUACCUGCUUUGUGUUUAAAAUAGUUUAGGACAAAGGUGUUAAUAAGUUCUGUCAGCAGCUAGCUCAUCCCUCUGCUUAUAAUGCUUUGGUUUCUUCCAUUUACCAGUAUUAUCCAUGAGUAAACUUUAAGACAGUGUUUAUUUGCUAUAAUAGGUUUAAAACUAACCCUUACCUUAUUGGAUUCUGAAUUUGAAAGUGUUAACCUAGAAGAGGAAAGCUGUUACCAUUCAUAACGAAAACCAGCAUUCGCUAGCUCCAUAGAGUUCACUUCUAAGUCUGAUGUGGGACAAAUGAUAGUUGAGAGUGCAUGCAAAUGGUUAGUCCUGACCUAAUGUAUAUCUUAAAACGUGUUUGUUAACUUCUGUCUAUGUGUUAACAUGCCAUUUGGAAUACUGAUGUACCAGUAAUAAAGAUGUGAUGCUUACCUUGUUUUCUGAACAGAACUAAUACAGUAUUUUGAUGUAUCACAGGUAAAUUUUUCCAUAACCUUAUGGAGAAAAAGGACUUUGAAGCAUGGCUUGAUAACAUUUCUAUUACAUUUCUUUCUCUGACGGACUUGCAGAAAAAUGAAACUCUGGAUCACCUGAUUAGCUUGAGUGGAGCAGUCCAGCUCAGGCACCUCUCCAAUAAUCUAGAGAUUCUCCUCAAGAGGGACUUCCUCAAACUUCUUCCAUUGGAGCUUAGUUUUUAUCUGUUAAAAUGGCUUGAUCCUCAGACCUUACUCACAUGUUGCCUCGUCUCUAAGCAGUGGAACAAGGUUAUAAGUGCCUGUACAGAGGUGUGGCAGACUGCAUGUAAGAAUUUGGGUUGGCAAAUAGAUGACUCUGUUCAGGAUCCUCUGCAUUGGAAGAAGGUUUACCUAAAGGCUAUUUUAAGGAUGAAGCAACUGAAGGACCACGAAGCCUUUGAGACAUCCUCUUUAAUUGGACACAGUGCCAGAGUAUAUGCACUUUACUAUAAGGAUGGACUUCUGUGUACAGGAUCAGAUGACUUGUCUGCAAAACUAUGGGAUGUAAGCACAGGACAGUGCAUAUAUGGUAUCCAGACACACACUUGUGCUGCAGUGAAGUUUGAUGAACAAAAGCUUGUAACUGGAUCUUUUGAUAACACAGUAGCCUGUUGGGAAUGGAGCUCUGGGGCAAAGACACAGCAUUUUAGAGGACAUACUGGUGCAGUUUUUAGUGUGGAUUACAAUGAUGAACUUGAUAUUCUGGUCAGUGGCUCUGCAGACUUCACUGUGAAAGUAUGGGCCUUAUCAACAGGAACGUGCCUGAAUACCCUCACUGGACACACAGAAUGGGUCACUAAGGUAGUUUUGCAGAAGUGCAAAGUCAAAUCUCUUAUGCAUAGUCCUGGGGAUUAUAUUCUUCUAAGUGCAGAUAAGUAUGAAAUCAAGAUUUGGCCUAUUGGAAGGGAAAUAAACUGCAAAUGCUUAAAAACACUGUCUGUUUCUGAGGAUCGCAGCAUCUGCCUACAGCCCAGGCUACACUUUGAUGGCAAAUACAUAGUGUGCAGUUCAGCCCUAGGAUUAUACCAGUGGGACUUUGCCAGCUAUGAUAUUCUCAGGGUUAUCAAGCCUCCUGACUUCUCAAAUGUUUCCUUGCUGGGCUUUGGAGAGAUAUUUGCUCUACUGUUUGAUAACAGAUACCUGUAUAUAAUGGACUUGAGGACAGAAAAACUGAUAAGCCGCUGGCCUCUACCAGAGUAUAGAAAAUCAAAGAGAGGUUCAAGCUUUUUGGCUGGUGAAAUGUCUUGGUUAAAUGGACUAAAUGGACAAAAUGAUAUGGGCUUGGUUUUUGCCACCAGUAUGCCAGACCAUAGUAUCCAUUUGGUGUUAUGGAAAGAACAUGGCUGAGACGCUCACAUGUGCAGCAUCUUCAGGAAUCUAUGGACUAUCAGCAGCGUGUCCAUAAAAUGAGACUUUGCAUGAACCAAAGUUGCACACCUAAUGGUAUCAUCAUGCAAUGCACAAUCAUUUACUUUUAUUUGGGCAUUUGGGAAUGGGUUGUUUUGGACAUAAUGCAAUACAGCAUGCCAACAGUAUUCACCACAAAAUUCUGUCUGUACUCAUGUUUAAACAUACCUAUUUGGGCUCUGAAGCAUAGCUUGUAACAUUUAAACCAUUCAAAUCCACCAUCAAGAUUGAAAUGAAGUAGUGCUUGACCUGA